UACGACGUAGGACGCCGAGCCGAACGUUCCGUGGAAGCAGUCGUAGAGAUAAAUAUAUUUACGCAUACACGUGGCCACCUGCACCGAAACGUACUAUCUCACCUGUAGGAAACAGCAUUCCUGUGACCUGGCGUUGUGCCACAAGAAAAAGUGGAAUCUAAAAUUCUGUACUUGCCGAGGUAGCCACAAGAAUCUAGAUAAUAAAUUUGAAAAGUAUACCUACUUGAAGUCGCUGGUAUCUGUGGCAAGUGAUAAUACAAGAGUAUGAUAACGAUAAGAUAUUUUGUUCUCUGGAAAAUCUCAAAGAGAGAGUAACAGUAACUCUCUAACAAUUUGUGAAAUCACCAGUAAAAUUACCACAGUAAGCUCAUGCAAUGUAUACCGUAGAGCGUGUCAAGUGAAAAAAAAGAAGCGGUUUUCUUCGAUGAUUUGAAUUUGGCACGAAGACUUAGAGAAAAAACAUGGAAAUUCUGGGCAUGAAAUUUGCACCAUUAAAUGUACCAUUGGAAAGAAGACUACAAACAUUGGCCGCUGCGACAUGGAUUUUUGUCUCAGCUUUUGGUAAUUUUUUGAGCUACUUAAUCACGGCCUAUCUUCUGCUCUACACAGACACAACACGAUACUUCCUCCUACUAUAUUUCCUCUGGAUGUAUUAUGAUUGGGACACUUGUAAUUGUGGUGGCAGAAGUGAAAAAUGGACAAGACUGACGAGAAAUAAUGCACUCUGGCGGUACUUUUGUAAUUAUUUUCCAAUUAAAUUAGUGAAAACGGUGGACCUAAAUCCCAACAAAUCGUAUCUUUUUAUCUGUGUACCUCAUGGCAUUUUGUCGGCGGGGAUAAUGGGUUCAUUCGGAACGGAUGUGUUGGAUUGCAAAAAGUUAUUUCCCGGACUAGAUAUACGUCCAAUUACUCUCGAUCAACACUUUAAAGUACCUAUAUUCAGAGAAUAUGCUUACUUCUUAGGUUCCUGUGGUUCUAGUAUAAGAAGUAUUAAGUAUUUACUAUCGACACCACCGAAAAGUCCAUAUACUGGGAAGGCUACGGUUCUCAUUGUUGGUGGUGCUUCCGAAUCAAUGGAAUCGACGCCGGGCACUUAUCGUAGCCUUGUAAAACGAAGAAAAGGCUUCGUGAAAUUAGCACUAACAUACGGCACGCCGUUGGUUCCUGUUUUCUCCUUUGGGGAAACGGACUUAUACAAUCAAAUAUAUCGUCCAGAAGGAUCGACGUUCAGACGCGUACAGAACUAUAUUCGUGGUUUAAUUGGAGUAGCACCCGUUGUUUUCUCGGGCAGAGGAUUCUUUCAGUAUUCAUUUGGCCUUAUUCCAAAGCGAUUGCCUGUCACCGUAGUCGUUGGCAGUCCUAUCGAAUUGCCGAAAAUAGCGGAACCUACAACUGAGCAGGUCAACGAAUAUCACGAAAAAUUUGUAAAAGGUUUAGUUGAACUCUUCGAAACACAAAAGCACAAUUAUAUAAAAAAUGCAGAAAAUGCUACUCUCGAGCUAUGAUAUGCAUGCAUAUUAAUGUAAAAGUGGUGUUUGUUAUUAUUUUCAAGUCCCCGUUAAAAAGAUUGUUACUGUUUUAAUGACGUAGAAAGAUAUUGGAAGAAAAUUUUAUGUACAAUUAAAACUCGAAUGUACAUUUGUAUGCUAAUUAGUUAAUAUAAUUUACUUAUUAAGAUUCUCGGUACUUAGAUUAUAAGCAAACUAAAUAUACUUUACUUAUAAUCUUAUAAAAAUACGCGCAAAAGAAUAUAUUGAAUGGAAUUUAGAUAUGUAAUGAUAUUACUACAUAGUUAAUACUUUUGUAUAUUACAGUACGAUGCAUUAAUUCGGAUAAUAGUUAAGAAUGGGCAAAAAAUAUUUGAUUAUUUAAACAUAGGUCCUUUUUGACAAUACAACCCGAAUCGAAUUAAUGCACCACACUGUACAUAGUAUUAUUGCGCUUGCUGGUCAACUCGUGUGUUUUAUUCAUUCUUCGCACAUCCGCACGCUUCUCAAACUUGCACAAAUGAAAAGAUUUGAUUCGUGGAAAAGAACUGUUUAUUCCUGAAACAGCUGAAGCUUAUGCUAAUACGUUCGUACAGAAUAUUCUUUGAGAAUAAAAUUAAAUUGUUUAAAAUUUUUUGUAAUAU